GUUUACUAAAAUACAGUACAAGCAGCAGUACAACUACGUCGUCGCGUUGGACACGGAGAGCGUACUCGCGCCCAGUGGUGUUGGCAUGCAGCGUCACGUCACCUCGAGCUUUUGUGCCGUGCUCGUACGCACCCACGACUCGAAGGUGAUGCGCAUCAGGACGCACCACGGUGAAGAUUCUGCGAGGCAGUGCGUCAGAGCUUUGAUGGAAAUGCGGGACGAGAUGAUCGCCCUGAACGCCUGCCCCGCGGAAAUGGUGCUGAAUGAUGAGCAACGAGCGCGGCACAGAGCUGCCACCCACUGCGCGUACUGCGGGCGGGAGUUCGCGCAAGAUGUAUCCCGUGUCCGGCACCACGACCAUUCCAAGCGUUGUACCGCUGGCGAGACAAAUUACAUCGCAACGCUGUGCAACCCCUGUAACGUAGCGUGCACGACGCGGGAAAAACUGCCCAUCAUGGUGCACAAUCUGGCCUACGAUUUGGCCGGACUACUGCGGGAAUUUCACCUUCUCGGGUGGAAGCGAGCUCCCUUCAUCGUGGCCAGUUCCAUGGAAAAAAUCCGAUCGUUCGAAAUUGGCACCUUCCUAUUCAGAGAUACCAUGCAGUACCUAAAUUCGUCGCUGGGAGAGCUCGUGGAAACCGUCAAAUCCAUGGGGGGCGCAGAGGCGUUCCAAUGCCUGAAGCAGGUAUUUGGAGACGACUACGAAAUUUUGCUUCGUAAAGGUGUAUUCCCGUACAGCCACGUUAGCUCGUUCGCGGUCUACGACGAAUUGGCUCUGCCGGCAAAAUCAGCCUUCCGAAACGAUCUGACGGGGGAGGAUAUAAGCGACGAAGACUAUCAGUACGCGCUGCACGUAUUUGAACGUUUUGGAUGCUCGAAUCUGAGGGAUUAUAAUGCAUUGUACCUGAAAACGGAUGCCCUGUUACAUGCUGACGUAAUGCAGCACUUCCGGCGCCUGUGCUACGACGCGCGCGGAUUGGAAUUGCUUCAUUGUGUUUCGCUGGCAUCCUAUUCGUGGCAAUGCGCUCUAAAUUACACGCGGGCAAAAUUGGAGCUGAUCAUCGCCGAGGACAUGUACCGGACCAUCGAAUCGGGUGUUAGAGGUGGACUCUGUCAGGCGAGCAGGCGUCAUUUACGGGCUAACAACCCGCUGUGCAGUGGCUACGAUCCCGAUAAAGAGGAGGUGUACAUAUCGUACAUAGAUUGCAACAAUCUUUACGGAUUCAGUAUGAUAAAGCACCUCCCAGUCGGCGAUUUCGAAUGGGUCGAGGAUUUUAGCUCCGUGGAUUUUAUGCGUCAUCCCACAGAUUCGGACGUGGGAUACGUGUACGUGUGCGAUUUGGAGUAUCCAAAAUCUAUCCACGCGCUGACGCGGUACUUCCCCCUGGCUCCCGAGAAGGCUGUCGUUCCGAAGGAAUGGCUCUCACCAUUCCAGCGAGGGCUCCUCGAAGAGUUAAUGUAUCAGCCGGCGAACAGCAAAAAGCUGCUGCUCACGUGCAAGGACAAGGUCGAGUACGUCGUUCAUUACGCGCUGCUCGCGCUCUAUUGUAGAUUGGGCAUGCGGGUGACGAAAAUUCACAGAAUUCUAAAAUUUCGUCAGGCACCAUUCCUGCGUCCCUACAUUGAGGACAAUGUUGCCAGACGCGUCGCAUCGAGCACGACGUUCGAGAAAAAUUUCUAUAAAAUCUCAAAUAAUGCGGUCUUCGGGCGUACGUUGCUAAAUAAAUUUAAUAUGCGAGACAUUCGAGUAGCCUUCGAUGAGGAGACGGCGAGUCGCCUCGGGAGUCGGGCGGAAUGCGCGCGAAUGGAAAUUUUGUCCCCCGAUUGUGUCAUGUACGAAAUGCGCAAGAGAAAAGUGCGAUGCGAUUUCCCCCUGCAGAUUGGCUUCACGAUUUUAGAACUGAGUAAGUUAACCAUGUACUCGUUCUAUUAUGAAACCCUGCUGAGCAAGCUCACUUGUCCGGUGAUUACCUGCUACUUUGACACGGAUUCUCUGAUCCUCGGCCUAUUCUGCAAGGACUACGAAGAUCAGUUACGCGCGAUCGCCGACGACCAUUUAGACUUGUCUUCCUUCGAUCGUGAUCAUCCACUGUACAGCGAGAGGAAUCGCGGUAGACUUGGCGCGUUCAAAAGUGAAACGGGUAGCGUACCCAUCGAGGAAGUAAUAUGCCUGAAAGCCAAAAUGUAUUCCAUCAAAUUAGCCGGGGGAAAACAAAUUGCAAGAGCUAAAGGGGUCAAAAAGAACAUUGUGCGCAAACACCUCCUCCAUGACACGUACCGCGAUACCCUAUUCAAGCACGCCAGCGUAUCGCACGAACAGGUGUCAAUAGUGGGAAAGAAACAGUGCAUGUACACCAUCCGAAACGUGAAAAGAAGUCUGAUGGCGUACGACGACAAACGGUACCUCUACAAUAACGUGGACUCCUACCCGUACGGAAGCUGCGAAUAUGAUAAUGCAGAGGAUGAGUAGGAGUAGCGUCAUUUGACCUGCGUCACUGGAAGGAUGUGGUACCUCGUUCUCUUCUCGCUCGUCUCGUGCGCACUGGCGCUGGACGCCGGCAACUGCACUGCGAGCAUCAAGCUGGAGAAGGAUAAGCACACGUACGCGCACGAAUGCCCCGGCGACAUCUUGGCCAUCAGAGAGUGGCACGUGGUACCUAUGCGGUCCGGCAUUAACCUGGACAGGAACGCUACUGGAUCGUUGCGUACGUGCCUUCACUCGCUGGACGUGAGCGACAGCUACGAAGAUAUCCAGUGCACGCGGAAGUGCCAACUCACGGAGGACGAAAUUUUUCUCAGCCGCUGUCCCGGAGACGUCUACAUGAUCCGUCACUUCCGUGGAACCAUGCCCAGCAUCAAGGGAAUCAACCUCUCCAAAACUGCCAUGCUUUUCCUCAAACAUGUACUCAAUAAACGUUGAAAGGUA